AUGGCAGCAACUUGUGAUAAGGGAUUUGCAGAUAGUUAUAUGAUUCUAAAUCCAGAAGAUGCUCAUUUCUUUGAUAUUAUUCAUGUUUUAUUUUCUCGUAACAUAGGGCAUAGAAAAUUUGUGGACAGUAAUGCUGAGGGAGAUGUAGAGGGAAGUUUCAGAGGUAGAUGGCUUAUAUUUAUCUCUAUUAUUCUACAGAAGUUCUUGCUCUAUAUUGCUAGGCCACUUGCUAAGUUGGGAUCUUGUGUUGAGAUGUUGGUUAAUCUCAUUGCUCUUAAUGGAGGCAUCAUCAUGAUCAUAAUUAACUUUCUCUCUGGUCAUUUGGAAAUCCCAGAUCCUAAAUCACACAGAUACUUGUCUUGCAUUGGAAAUUUAGAUACAAGAGUCAAAUGUGAUAUUCUCAAACGUGAAGAUAGCAAAUAUUAUGUUUCUCUAGCUAUGAUGGCUUCAAAAGCAUGCUAUGAGAAUGAAGCUUACCUUAAAUCAACAAUCGCACAUGAAUGGAAGAUGGAAUUUGUGGGAUUUUUCGACUGCUGGAAUGAAUAUCAAGGAAGAGCCACAACUCAAAUCUUAAUAUUGUUGGACAAAUCUAAGGACCGUGACACAUAUGUAGUAGCUUUUCGAGGAACAGAACCUUUUGAUGCAGAUGCAUGGUGCACAGAUCUUGACAUAUCUUGGUAUGGAAUCCCUGGUGUUGGAAGAGUGCAUGGUGGAUUCAUGAAAGCUUUAGGGUUACAAAAGAAUUUAGGUUGGCCUAAUGAGAUUGAAAGAGAUGAAAAACUUGCUCCACUAGCUUAUUAUGUUGUUAGAGACAUACUAAGGAAAUGUUUGAGUGAAAACCCUAAUGCGAAGUUUAUAGUUACGGGUCAUAGUUUGGGUGGAGCAUUGGCAAUACUAUUUCCAACAAUCAUGUUCUUGCAUGAUGAGAAGUUGUUGAUUGAGAGGUUGGAAGGGAUUUACACAUUUGGACAACCAAGAGUUGGAGAUGAAAGAUAUGCAGAAUAUAUGAAAGAGAAAAUGAAGGAAAAUCAUGUGAGGUAUUGUAGGUUUGUUUAUUGCAAUGAUAUUGUUCCAAGGUUGCCAUAUGAUGAUAAGGAUAUGUUGUUCAAGCACUUUGGGAUCUGUCUUUUCUUUAACAGGCGUUAUGAACUCAAGAUUCUUGAAGAAGAACCAAACAAGAACUAUUUCUCACCUUGGUGUGUGAUACCUAUGGUAUUCAAUGCCAUAUUAGAACUUAUAAGGAGCUUUACCAUUGCUUAUAAGAAUGGACCUCAUUAUAGAGAAGGAUGGUUUCUUUUCUUUUUUAGGAUGGUUGGUUUACUCAUUCCUGGAUUGCCUGCUCAUGGUCCUCAAGAUUACAUCAACUCCACUCUUCUUGGAUCAAUUGAAAGGCAUUUUAAAGAAGAGUGA